GUGUGUAUAUAUCUGUUUUGAUCGGGGAAUUAUGAUAGAUGAACAGGCGUGAGAGCAACUCUUCGGCCCCUUUGAUGACCAUGUCGAACGAGGUGAUGGUGGUGAAAUGGCAAAAGGUGGUGUUGGACGUGUUGCUGUUGAAUUGCGUCGGAUGGCCUCUGUUGUUCCUCUUUUUGUGGGGUAGCGCCUACCAAAGGGGCUUCUUUUGCGACGAUGAAAGUCUUCGGCAUCCCUUCAAGACAUCGACAGUGCCCAGCUGGUCACUUUACAUCACCGGAAUCGGCUUGAAUUCGAUUGUGAUGAUCCUCACGGAAUACCUGAAUAGACCGAACGAGAAGCGAGAGAUCGUCUUACUCGGCGUGCGCAUACCCAAUUGGGUCUACAACAUCUACUGCGCAAUAGGAGUGUUCGCCUUCGGCGCAGCCUGCUCCCAACUCACCACCGACGUGAUGAAGUACACCAUCGGGCGGCUGCGACCGCAUUUCUUCACAGUUUGCCAGCCCGAUGUGUGUCUGCUCGGCUCGGGACAGGACUACAAGUAUCACGAGAAUUUCACUUGUACUAGUGAGCUGUACAAGCACGACAAGAGGAUCAUGAAGGAAAUGAGGCUGUCAUUUCCUUCAGGACAUUCGUCAUUCUCGAUGUAUUGUAUGACUUAUUUCGCAAUUUACCUACAUAAGAGGAUGACAUGGGAUGGCUCGAAGCUUCUGAAGCACACCCUCCAGUUUCUGGCCAUUCUUUCUUCAAUUUUCACGGCAAUGACCAGAGUCUCCGAUUACAAACAUCACUGGAGUGACGUCUUGUGUGGAUUGGCGCUUGGCGCCACCGUCGCCACUAUAAAUGCAAGGUUUUUUUCAUCUUUAUUCAGCAAAUCCAAAGACUUCAAAAAAUUGGAGCAAUCUGAGCUGAGGAAUUUGAAUGGGAAUAAUGGAGCACAUUCUGUGUAGGGUAGCUGCAAGCUAUUAUCAGCAAUUUAAAUGUGGUAGCUUUAAUUUAUUAAAUAAAUAGUUAGAGAUUUUUCAUAACUACUUUGAGGACGACGGUCCUGUUAGUUCUGGACUAGCUUUUCUUCUUCAAAAUAGUUAUUUUGGAACAAAUUUUCCAGCACCAAAAUACCUGUCGGGAAUCGAAAAAAAAAUAAAAAAUCUAAACUGGUUCAAAAAUAGCAAAAUGAAACCAUCACAAGCAACAUUUGUUUUUUUUUUUGAUCACCCGAUAGAUCAUGAAUUCGACCAUUUAAAAUUAGCCAAACUAUAAUCGACUUAGCAGGGUUUCCUCUACACCUACUAUUUAUAAAGUGGCUCUAAAUUUUGAUAAAUGUUUGACAAUUUACAAUUAAUACUUAUCAUAGAUGAACGUAGUAGAUAAUCCUGUAAUUAUUGUCUAUAGUAUUUAAGUAGAUAUUUUACAAAUCAACGAUUUUUUUCUUUCUCACUGCCGAUUUUUUUGAAAUUCAUCGAGUUAUGUUUGAAAAUUAUAGCUGAUAGCAAUAAAUAUUGGUGGCUAUAUUUAUUACAUGUGAUGUGGGAACUGAUGUUAGGUUUAGGAAACGCUUGAAAAAUAUGUGAAAUAGAUACUCAAAGAGAAAAGUAUAGAGGUACCUAUCUUCCUCUUUAUAUAGGUACCGAAAAUAAUUUUUACUUUUACUUUUAUGUAGGCAUGAAGAUGUCUACAGAAUUCAUUGAACCAGCUGUUCAUUAUAAAGUAUUAUUUUUCUUCAGAAUCCUACUUAUUUUAUUCAAGUAUUGAGUGUAAAUAACAGUUAUUUUGAAUGAAUAAGAAUUUAUUAUGGUUUUUAUAAGUAUAUAUAAGUACCUAUAUUAUUCAUACUAUUAUUUACCUCACUUUUUCAACAUUGAAUUACGAUUGAUUCAUAUAAAAUAGAAAAAUAAGGUUUAUUAGUUCUAUAUGUAUAUAUACAGGAUGCCCCAGAAUUAUUUAUUUUUUGGGUGAUGAAAAAAAAUUUGGGACCUUCCUGAAACAAUAUAACAUGAUUUUAAAUGAGGUAAUUGAUAGGUACUGUCUAUAUAGGUACUACUUAUAUUAGUUUUAAGUAAAGGAUAAAGGAUGCUUUCAGUUAUAAAAGUUUAUAACUUAUUUUCAAUGCAACUCUCAGGAGUAUAAUUUUUUGUACCUCAAACACUAUGUUAUGUGAUAUUUGAAAUAAAUUAUUGUACCUACU